CGUCCUUCUAAGAAACCCUCGCCCUCUCUCCCUCCCUCCUUCCCUCCCUCCCUCGCUGCCCGAGUACAGGGCGACCCUUCUCCUGGGAUUUCGUCCACCCCGCGGCGAAUAUCGGCCGUCUACCAUGGUCCCCAAACCCUCGGCACCUCCCUGUCGGAGCCGGCCCGCCGGGUCCCGGCCGAUCUGAGGGGAUCCGCCGCCGUGAAUGGCGUCCGCUCUCCUGGCCAGCCGGAAUGAGCCAUUCUGGGGAGAGAGAAAGGUUUAUAUGAGGAAAACCCCCAAUUCUAACCCUAACCCUAAACCCGGCACGAACACUAACCCUAAUCCUAACGCCAGCGACCAUGCGUCGGAUCAUCCGCGCCAGUUCCACCCGCUGGUGCCGGAGGAAGUGCUGGACGCCGCCGCUGUGUCCGACGACUCGUCGUCGUUUAAUCGGAAAUCCGUCAACCUCAACCAUCGGCGGGAUUCGGCCGGCUAUAUCAUGUUCAACAUCUCGACCUACUCGAAGAGGGAGCUGAGGGAGCUCAAGAGACGCCUGGUCUCGGAAUUGGAGCAGGUCCGGACCCUCAACAGCCGGAUCGAAUCCAGAGAGAUCCAGUCGUCCGCCAGAUCUGCCGGCUUCAGUGUCUCCGGGAUCUACUGCGGCAGCCGUGAGGUCACCUCCUCGGCCGCGGUUGCCGUGCAUCAGAACCAUCUUGAUUCACUCGCCAUCAGAUCCGCCGAUCUCUUCUCGGUGAAGGAGAAGGCGGUCUCCGGGGAUAUGACCCUGCUGCCAGUGGUCUUUCCCAGGGAGCCGAAGCGGCUGGCGGCAGCACCGGAGUCGGAGAAGCUUCUCUCUGCAAUGAUGAAGAAGUGCGGCCAGAUCUUGACGAAGCUGAUGAAGAACAAGAAGAGCGUAUGGUUCAAUUCCCCUGUGGAUGUGGUGGGCAUGGGCCUCCACGACUACUUCCAGAUCAUAAAGCACCCUAUGGACCUUGGUACUGUGAGAUCUAAGCUCAGCAAAGGUCUCUACCCGUCGCCAUUGGAGUUUGCAGCUGACGUCAGAUUGACCUUUAACAAUGCCCUUAUCUACAACCCAGAGGGCCACGAGGUGCAUAAGCUUGCGGAUCAGUUCCUUCGCCUCUUUGAGGGGCUUUUUUGCCCUUCAUACGAGAAGUACGAGAAGCAGCAGAGCGCCGUUGCUAGGGAGGAAGAGGAGAGGCAUAGGGUCUCUUCUUGGUCUCGUGCUCCUGUGAUUGAGCGUGCAGUGAGACCUGAACCUGUUGAUCCUGUGAUCCUUCCGCCAGCUACGACUCCAGCUCCAAUUCCUAUUCCGUCAUUGGCACCGCCCCCAGUUCAAGCUAAGCAGCCGCCUCUGCAGCAGUCGCAGCCGCCCCAGCAGCAUCCAGUUGUUGGUAGAGUGAUGAUGGGGAAGCAGCCAAAGCCAAAGGCUAAAGACGCAAACAAGAGGGCAAUGAGCUUUGAGGAGAAGAGGAAGCUGAGCCUGGGGCUCCAGAGCCUUCCCCAGGAGAAGAUGGCUCAGGUGCUGCAGAUUGUGAGGAAGAGGAAUGUGGAUCCAGCACAGAGUGGGGAUGAGAUAGAGUUGGACAUCGAGAUGAUGGACACUGAGACCCUUUGGGAGCUUGAUCGGUUUCUCUGCAAUUGCAAGAAGAUGAUGAGCAAGAUCAAGCGGAAGGAGGCCAUGGCCAGCCACCUCAUCUCUGCUGCUCCACCUGCUCCAGCUGCGACCAUGGUUAUGGCUGAAAGUGGUGACAGGUCUCCAGUGACGGUGGAGACACCCGAGGCAGUAGCAGCAAAGAGGAGCAAGAAGGGGGAUGCAAUCGAGGAGGAUGUUGACAUUGGUGAUGAUAUGCCCUGCACCAAUUAUCCCUCGGUGGAGAUUGAGAAGGAUGCUGGUUAUGCCAGCAGCUCCACCAGCUCCGGCAGUGACUCGUCCUCAUCAAGUGAUUCGGACUCAGGGAGCUCGGGGAGUGAUUCCGAUGAAGAUGAUGCCCAGUCUCCUGGUGCAGGCUUGAGGUCUCCGAGAAACUAACAACAGGUUUAGUUGCUACUGGAAGAGAAGCAUGAGAUAGAGCAUGGGUAGGGUACAGAGAUUUGAGAGCUUGUUGGUUUUACAACCCCACCUCCUCCCCCCCCCCCCACGUCUGGUGUGGUUUAGGUAGGAGUGGAUAGAUAGGGAGUAAUUGAUGGUACAGGUGUACCAUAUGUAAAAAGAAAAACAAAGUUGGAAAGUUUGAGCAGGUGAAACCUUCCAGAUGGGUUUCUACUUGAAUUCCCGCCUUUGUUAGUUUAGGGCUUAUAGUUUUGGUUAAAUUGAUUAUGGGUUCUUUCAGGUGGAGCUAUCUUUGGUGUGGUGGCGGCUUUAUCCUACUGAUAUGCAUGCUGCAUCAUUAUGACCUGUUCUGGCUCUAGGCAUAGUGAACAUAAUAUGGAUGUUUGUCGUAAUCGAGACUAACAGAUCUCUUUAGGUUAUAUCUUAUGUCAUUGACACAUAGGCUCUCUUUUAUUAAUCUCACAUCAAUCUCAUUGGGUCUUAAUUUAUUUAUUUGAAUUAGAUCCCAUGGAGGUUGUCUCUUUAGGCUGGCUGGCUUAUCUGUUGAUAGUUUCCAUGUGCAGCCGAUCUAGUUUAUAUUUUUCUUGUGGUUUUAGUGGCCUGAUUCGGUGUCUGUUUUAUGGUAUAUCGCGGACGAAUCUGUGAUAGUUCAUUUGGGUAUUUUGGGUAGCGGAAGAUUUUAUGUAAAUUGCUAAUUGGGUAGCUGAAGAUUUUUUGUAUGUUGUUUAUCUUCUUUUAGCUUUUAUGAUCGAAAUCAUUUUGUACCCAUCAUAAACUAUCUGCUUGUUUAGAUUUUCUACCUACCGCGUUGCAGCAUCUGCUCCCUUUAUAAAUUAUUAUUGAAUUC